GCGAGCUUUCGGUCGUCGCUUGCAUUCGAGAAGCAGUUACUCGCCAUUGUAGAUGGGUAGGUGUCACAUGGUCGUCGGAGUUCCCAACGAUACGCACCAAGAGGAUUAUCAUCAAGAUAGUCGUACGAGCGAUUGGAAGAGAGAAGUGAGUGAGAGUGUUGGUUUGUCGAGAUUCAGCAAAAUGUCCUCUGUACAAGUGGAUCGUCCCCCAAAAGUGAGUCAAAACAACAAGAAAGAAACCGAAAAAUUUAGGAAGAUUUUCAAUGUCUCACACAAAAAGCACAAUAAGCAUGAUGACAGUCGCUAUUUCAAGCAGCUGCAUAGAAAGCGACCUCAAAGCAGCUUCUGCAGCAAUGGAAAGUCUUUUCCUCCCUACAAACGUAGAAAGAAGGAAGGCGUCAUCAUCCCUCCCACAAAAUUUUUGCUUGGAGGCAACAUUUGUGAUCCCUUAAAUCUAAAUAGUAUGCAAGAUGAAGAAAUAAAUCGUGCUAUGAAUGCAGUGACUCCAAAAUCAAGUCCCCUUCCUACUCCAAAACAUAAAAAAGAGAUUAUUGAAGUGAUUAUUCCUCCAAAUAUUUGUGAUCCUUUGAAUUUGACAAACUGUAACGAUAAUGAAGAGUAUGAAAAGCAGCUCAUUUCGCCGACUAAAAGAAAUUCGAAACGAAGAAAUAGAAAGAGGAAGAGAGCCUAUUCGGGAUCAGGAAAAGAUGAAGGAAAAAUGGUGGAUCCUAAUGAAACAAACAAAUUGAGGGAAACUGAAGGAAAUAACAUAACGGAUAAAUCUUCAACGGAAAGACUUUCUGAUGAUAAAAUUAGCUUAGAAGAAGUUCCAAGUACACAAAAUGAAAAUUGUUUAAAAGACAAUAAGACAGAAAGUCCACAGAAAGAUAAAAAUAGAUUACGAUUGAAAGGUUUAGAAGAAAUAAAAGAUAAAAGAUUAAGAAAAAUUGAUGCAAAGGAUAAAAUAGUGAGCCCAGUGAUUCCACAGCCUGGUGCAUGGAAACCCAGACCCCAACAUAGGCCCAGUCAGGAUAAAAAAAAGAAGCAGCAGCAUGCUAUGCCUAAUUUUAGGCUUAAAGAUGCCAGAUAUCAAUAUGGAAACUAUAAUAGAUAUUAUGGAUACAGAAAUCCUCAUCAUGAAGUAGAUCCUAGGUUAAAAAUGUUUGCACAGCGAAAGGAACUGUUUUUACAAAAGGACAUUCUGGAUAUUGGAUGCAACAUUGGCCAUAUUACUCUAUCAGUUGCUAGGGAUUUUGGUGCCAAAAGUGUAACAGGGAUUGAUAUUGAUAGAACUUUGAUAAAUAUUGCUCGGAAGAAUGUGAAACACUAUGUUAAUUGCGUACAGAGUCCUGCGAGCAACGAAGAUAAUGACAAAAGGGACUCUUCAGAUGCUAGCUUUUUUCCUAUGUCAAUGCCAAUUAGUUAUGGGCCUGUAGAUAUUCCAGGAUUUACGAAAAAUAAACAUAAAGGAUUCCCAUAUAAUGUCAUUUUUGUGCAAGGUAAUUAUGUGCUUGAAAAUGAUUCACUUUUGUGCGCGGAACAGACGCAAUUCGAUACAAUCUUAUGCUUGUCUAUUACCAAAUGGAUUCAUUUAAAUUUUGGUGAUGCUGGAUUAAAACAAGCUUUCAAGCGUAUGCACGCGCAAUUACGUCCCGGUGGAGUCCUCAUACUGGAACCUCAGGGUUGGGCUAGUUACACCAAGAAAAAGAAUCUCACGGAACGAAUUUAUAAAAAUUAUCAUAAUAUUGAAUUCAGGCCGCAUAAUUUCACACAAUAUCUUUUAUCUACUAUCGGUUUUUGCCAAUGCGAAGUCGUCUCUAUACCGCCUCAUCCUUCCAAAGGAUUCCAACGACCUAUACAUCUCUUCACCAAAGCUGGUGGUCGCUCUCCCACUAUUACUGAACGUGUCAACGAUAACAUUACGAGCGAUACAUUACCGAGUCGCCAAGAGAGAAUGACGAGAAGAGAUCAAGAAGAGAUCCGCGACAUGGAAAGAAUGAAAUACGAGCAGGAAUUAUUUCCGAAAGAAAAUAAUAAUACAGGCAAUAUGUCAGAGAUUAGUCAACACAGUGGAGAUUUGAAUCAAUAUGAACAAUUGGCGAAUGUUUAUGCACCCAGUGCGACUCCGAAUUAUGACACUCCGAGUCGUAAUAGCGAUAGUCAACCUUCGGAUAGUCAGCCUUCAGACAUGCCAAGGAUAAAAGAGGAAAAAGAAGAAAAUUCAUAAAUGAUUGCAAAAG